AUGAAUCGCAUACCCGCCGAGGAACCAUACAUCGACAACCACCAAACGCCGCAGCAAGGGCCUGAACCGGCCUGGGGCAACAUGGCACUACCACCAUCAUUCCCACGCGACAGUACUUGGACGCCCCCGGCUGCAUCCAACUCAUCUUACAGCGGCCGGGCAUCGCUCUUCAGUGGGCAGGCAUCGGGCAGCAUCAACAAUGCUCGAGCCUCAUACUCGACGGCCUCGUCUUGCGAAGGUUCGUGGGCAAGCAGUACCACAGACAACGACGAGGCCGAGAGAGAGGUAAACUGGGACGAGUGGGAGCAAGGGUCCGAUUCGGCACACAUUAUGCCAAAGAAUGAGCCCACAGACGAAGACGACAUAUCCAUGUCCCAGUUCAAAAGCACUGCUCUCGCUUCGACCGAAACCAGUACCACUACUUCAGGCCCAAAGAGAGGGCGAGGAAGGCCUAGGAAGAACCCUGUCACAGGACCAACGAGUGACGCAAAGGUUACAAAGGGGCGCUCCAAGACUGGCUGCAUUACAUGCCGCAGGAGAAAGAAGAAGUGCGACGAAGGUAAACCUGCGUGUAUGAACUGUGAGAAGAAUUCUGUAGUAUGCGAGGGAUAUAAUGAGAAGCAGAUAUGGAAAAAUGGCAAGGAGCGUGCCGAGGAAGGACGCUCAAAACGAGAAUCGAUUCCAGCGGUUAAAUAUCCGUCAUUCAUUCUAGGCGUUGAUACUGCCGAAGAUAGGAUAUUUCUGAAGCACUACGCCGACUGUCUCAGCAAUGUACUGACAGUUGAACCGGACUCUCAAAACCCAUUCAAAAACAUCCUUUUUACUCUCGCGACGAGUGAUCAAGGUCUUCCUGCGACAACUCGUCAAGGACUUAUGCACUCCAUUUUGUCCAUCAGCAGUAUACACAUUGAUCUCGAGACAGCAUAUGGCAGCGGCAUGUUUGCAGGCAGCGCUUAA